CAGCUUACUACAUACCAGCCACUCAGGGUCACGGAUGACAGCGGUUGGCGCACGUGGGACCCUCUUCAGAUCAAAGGGGAAGCUGAAGUGAUUCGGUUACUGUCCUGUACGUUCGUCUCGCCUCGUACGGUGCCUGGUGGGUGAGAGAAUAGCGUGCUGCAUCGCCGGUGCUUGGACGCUUUGGGGAGGGAUCAGACGGUGGCUGCCAAACUAAAGUACGGAGUAUAACAGGGAUAUGAUAUACUGAAGAUAUACGAUGGAUGCAAAGCUUGAUGGCAUGCUGCCGAGAUGGGGUAGCCGAAGGCAGGGCUGGGUGGGUAUUAAAGAUGAGCAGGCGCCACUGUGGUGGGUGCAGACACGAGAGCUUGUUGUGAAAGAGCUAUUCGCCAUGGAUGAGCACGAGAAGUAUGAUCUACUUGAUGACGCUGGCCGCGAGGGCGAGCCAGCGAAACAGCGCACGCGACGGGGGAGACUGGCGGCAUGGGUCGCGGUGCCGUUCGUGAUAAUCGCUGUGAUAUAUGCGGCCUGGGCGCUGUCGGUUGGUAUUCAAGACGAAUCGGGCGGCUGGGCGCAGAGAUUUGGAGGCAAUGGCCACAAGGAGAUUCGAGAGGAAGGCAAGCAGGAGUACCUCAUCGGUGUCGGCAAAGGUGAUAUCACUGGCCCAGUCGUAGAGCUCAACUUUAUGGGCUACGCCAACACGGCGCAAAUUGGCACGGGCUUGCGCCAGCGCCUGUACUGUCGCGCCUUCAUCGUCGGUGAUGUCAAUAAGCCAGAAGAUAGGUUCGUCUACCUCAUCACCGACAUUGCGAUGGGUGACACGGCCAUUCGAUACGGGAUUCUGGAAGGCCUUGCUGCAUUGGGACCCGAGUACGCCAUGUACUCGCAGCAGAACAUUGCUGUCACGGGGACGCAUUCGCACUCCGGGCCGGGCGCUUGGCUCAACUACCUCCUACCGCAGAUCUCGAGCAAGGGAUUCGACCAUCAGAGCUACCAAGCCAUUGUCGACGGUGGGGUUCUCGCCGUCAAGAGAGCCCAUGAGAGUCUUGGUCCUGGAUACCUGCGCACCGGUCAGACGAAGGUAUUUGGUGCCAACAUCAACCGCAGUCUGUUCGCCUACUUGGCAAACCCGGCUGAGGAGCGAGCAAAGUACAAUGCUAGCUCGGAGGAUGAUGGAUCUGUUGAGAAGGACCUGACGAUGCUGGCUUUCCAGAGUACCGCAGGCAAGGACCUUGGCGUUCUUACCUGGUUCCCCGUCCACGGAACGAGUAUGUUGGGAAACAAUACCCUGGUAACAGGUGACAACAAGGGUGUCGCCGCAUACCUCCUCGAGAAGUCUAUCGGCGGAGACUUUGUAGCAGGAUUCUCACAAGCGAACGUUGGUGACACAAGCCCCAACGUCCUUGGAGCCUGGUGCGAAGACGGGUCAGGCCAGCAAUGCUCCUUCGAGAAGAGCGUCUGUAGCGACGGGAAGAGCGAACAGUGCCAUGGACGUGGUCCAUUCUUCCGCGAAAAGGAUAACGGCGCAAAGUCGUGCUACGAAAUUGGUCGACUGCAGUACCAAGCUGCCGCUGACCUCUAUUCCAAAAUCAAGAAUGGGAACUCUUAUGUCGUCGGUAGCUCGGUGAAGUCGUACCACACAUUCAACGACAUGUCGCACUUCAAGUUCCCUCUCGCCAACGGCACGGUCGUAGAGACUUGUCCAGCCGCUCUGGGCUAUAGUUUCGCGGCCGGAACAACGGACUGGCCAGGCUUGUUCGACUUCACACAGAACGAUCCUGGGGAGCCCGACGCGAACCCAGUCUGGAAGUUUGUUUCCGCGCUCCUCAAGGCGCCCAGCGCAGCGCAGAAGGCGUGCCAGUACCCGAAGCCGGUGCUACUUGACGUGGGCGAAAUCACCGUUCCGUAUCUCUGGACACCGAAUAUAGUCGACGUGCAGUCAUUCCGCGUGGGCCAGUUAUUCAUCAUCGUCAGCCCCGGAGAAGCGACCACCAUGGCUGGCCGCCGCUGGAAGACUGCUGUCCACGACGCUGCCAUCUCCAUGUCGCUCACCGGAUCCUCCGCCUCCGUUGAUCCCAUCGUUGUCAUCGGUGGCCCGGCAAACACCUACUCGCACUACAUCACCACGACCGAGGAGUACGGCAUCCAGCGCUACGAAGGCGCAAGCACACUCUACGGCCAACACACACUAAACGCCUACAUCAACCUGACGCUGACCAACCUGCACUACCUUGCCCCCGGCGCCACCGACCACCCCGCCCCCGGCCCGCUUCCACCAAACCAUGUCAACAACAGCGUCAGCUUCAUCACGGGCGUCGUAUACGACAACCCGCCAAUCGGCAAGAAAUACGGUGCCGUGAAGACCGAUGUUUCUGCGACAUACACCCGUGGCCAAUCCGUCUCCGUCACCUUCAUCGGCGCGAACCCACGUAAUAACCUCAGACUCGAGGCCACGUACGCCGCUGUGCAGAAGCGCGACACAUCAGGUGCAUGGGUUACGGUGCGUGACGACCGCGACUGGAGCUUGAUGUAUAACUGGAAGCGUCUGGAUGGACUAAUGGGGACGAGCGACGUGACGAUAGUGUGGGAGAGCGAGGCGGAUAGCAAGGCGGGGACGUAUCGGAUUAAGUAUUUUGGGGAUGCGAAGGCGCCGAUUGGGGGGAAAAUUUCGGCGUUUGAGGGGACGAGUGGGGUGUUUACUCUUUCUUGAGAAGGGAUGAAUAAUAUGCGUUCGGUAUAUUGCUAAUUGCAUUUGCUUUGAAGAUAGCUUUGCUUCAAACUCGCAAACAGGGACUCUCACAUCCAAUUGCGAUCAAUGAAAUAACUCAUGUGAUAUAUGGUAUUUGGGUGAAACUAAAUACAGCCA